AUCAGUUUUCAGAGGAAAUCAAUAGACAAGACCCACUACUGCAAGAAGCAUAUCAACGAGCAUGUAAGGAUGGCUUUGAAAGAGUGAAGAGGGCAAGGGUGAUGUUGCUAGGCCAUUACGGUGCAGGUAAAACACGCCUGAGAAAACGGCUACUCGGAAAGGAAUAUGAUGAAGAUAAUGAUCCAAUCACUAAUGGUAUAGAAACUGACUAUGUUCUUGUAAAGGAGGGUUGGAAUUCAGAUGAAGCCGAGUGUCAUGGGCCAGCAAUAUCACGUUUGCUUGCUGUUAACACCAGAAAGAUACAUGAGGAAAUCCGGGCAAGUCAUGCAGAGUUACAACCCUUGAGCCAAGUUGUGGAGGCAACUAAUGUACCAACAUCAGAGAAAGUGGAGAAAUGUAAGUUCUGUGACACUCAAAAUAUAGAGAUGUAGUGAUAUAAAACUUGCGGGAACAUGAGUUAGCUUAAGUCAGUAGUUUCUAUACAUGUGAUAAACAAAAAGAAGAAACAAUUGGAAAAGAAGAAAAAAAAUUGAUAAAACCAUACGUUUCUUAGUGUUCAUUCACAUGUUUCUUAGUGUUCUUUCUUUUAAAAUAAGAAUAUUAUGACAAAACAUUAGUCUAGGCAAAUACUUUGGAGUGAUCUUGAAUAAUGUUAUCUUGAAGUACUCUGUAGAAGAAUCCCCAUUGUGAUGAUAUCUUUGUGUGUCAGAAUGCCAUUUUUAAAUUCU